ACUGAGAUGCCUGAUGUCCCCCAACUUCAGGCUCCUGUCCCCCAGGACCUGGCUGAAGAUCCACUGGGCCCCUAGACUGCUGUCCUCUGUCUGUCAUCAGAUUCUUUUGGCAGUAUGACCAAGCCCCUCCCUGUUCAAAACUCUUUCAUGGUUGCCCACCAUCCACAGGUUCAAGUUUACCCUUUUAGCCUCUGGCCACCUCCCCUCCCUUUCCUCUCUACUGCCCCCUGCUGCCCUGAUCUCCACAUUACUUCCUGUUAAAGCUUUUCAGCCACCAUGCCUUUGUCCAGGCUGUUCCCUCCACCUGCAAUUCUCUUCCCUGUACUACUGUGCAUCAGAUCCUCCCCAUCGCUCGCAAUUUGUCUCCAAGAACAUUUCUUCCGGAAAAUCUCUAUUCCCAGCUACAGUGACCACUUGCUUUUCUGGGGCCUCACUUUCUCGGGGACCCUGAUUUCUUGCUUUUGAGUAUUUAUUCAGCAAAUAUUUGUAUUGGGUGCUCUUCUAGGCACAAAGGACACAGCAGUGAACAGGGCAGACCGAAAUCCCUGCCCUUGUGGAGCUGACAGCUGUGUUGGGGCGAUGGAUGCUAAACAAGAUAAAUAAGUGAAAAGGCAUAUUUUGUACCAGGGAGACGAAGAAAGGGAAUUUAAAGCAUCCUGAGCAGGGGAGAUGGUUGCAGUUUUAAAGCAGGUUGUCCAGAAAGGCCUCACCAAGAAGCUGAUAUUAGAGUAUAGAUCAGAAGGGAAAGGAGGAGGAAACCAUGUGUGUGUUUGCAGGAACUGCGUUCCAGGCAGAGGGAACAGCCAGUGCAAAGGCCCUGAGGUGGGGUCUAGCUGGCUUCUCUUGCAGCUAUAUUUUGGGCUGUGAACUUCCAGAGACUGCACUCCGUCCUCAUUCAUUACCCACUCCCUCCCGGCCCCGCCUAGUCCCUGCCAGUGUGCAGGCUGGUCCAGGUCACAGAGUGACAGAAGCUAAGAGAGCAUUCACAUGUAGAGUCUGGCAGCCAGCCUUCCUGAGCACUGGCCUCUGUCAGGCUAGACUUCCCAAUUACAGCACAAAGAAACCAGGGUCCAGAGAGGUUAACUCACCUCUCCUGGUCACAGAGUAAAGUGGCAACAGGGAGAUUCAAACCCACACGUGUCUGACUUUAGAGCCCUUGGUCUUUCUCCCAUGACAGGGCCUUCCCAUCCGGAAGGCCCAAGGCAAUCAGGGAGGCUACCUGGAGGAGGUGGUGCUGGAGCAGAGCAUGGAAGGAUGGGGAAGAUUUAGUUAGACAAGUGAAGGCACACAGGGAGGGGGAUGGGGACCAGUGUGAGCAAAGGUCUGGAGGCUGGGCAGAGCCUGGUUGAUACAGGGACAUAAUGGGAUGAUGAAGAGGUUCUUUUGGCUGGAGCAGAGAAUGUGAGGGGGAGCUGAGGCCCGAGAGGGCCCAGCCCGAGGAGUCCUUGAAUGUCAAAAACGGGGCAGAGGAACAGCCUGGUUUUAUUUUUCAAUUAAAAAAAUUUUUUUGGCCUUGCUGCGCAGCAUGCAGGAUCUUAGUUCCCCAGCCAGGGAUCGAACCCGUGGCCGCUGCUGUGGAAGAGCAGAGUCUUAACCACAGGACCGCCAGGGAAGUCCCAAGCCUGGUUUUAAAGUCAGAUGGCUCUGGGUUCGAAUCCUUCCUCUGCCCCUGACUAGCUUGGUGACUUUGUGUAUAUCUCCACCAUCCUCUGGCCUUCCAAAGUUUUCCCAACUGAUUUUUAUUUUAUUUUAUUUUAUUUUUAUUUAUUUAUUUUGGCUGUGCUGCGUGGCUUGUGGGAUCUUAGUUCCCUGACCAGGGAUCAAACCAGUGCCCCCUGCAGUGGAAGCUCAGAGUCCUAACCACUGGACCACCAGGGAAUUCCCCCCUCAAAAUGAUUUUUAAAUGUAUUUUUAUUAUUUGUCAAUUUUAACAUUCCUUUCAUUUUGUUUAUUUUAACGUUUAAAAUUUAAAUUCAAUGCCGUUGAACUCAUUUUUAUUUCAUCCCAUUUUUGUUUUUAUUUAUUUGUUUUCAAACACUACAAGGCGAUUUCCAUGUGCUUUGCCAGAUGUCAGCUCCUUUAACCCUCAUAACAAUCAUAUGGGGUAGGAGCUUUUAUCUCCACUUUAUAAAUGAGUAAACGAUGCCCAAAGAGGUUAAGGAACUUCCCCAACAUCACACAGCUAGGAAGUGAAUGCCUGCCUUCUCCCUGGGCUGUGUUACUAGGAACACCUGUGUUGCUAGGGCUGUGUUAUUGGGCCUUGGUUGCGGGGAAACUUGCAUUGAUUGAAGUGAGAAGGAAGGAGAGGGAGAGGGGGAGGGAGAGAGAAUGAAAGAGAGAGAGAGGGCACCAGAGCAAGGAAUAAAUUGUUUGUUAAGCCCUACAAAACGUGGCGUGGGGUUAGCUUCAUUCACUGCGAAACGAUCCUAAAAUUUUCAUCCCGUUCGAAAUCGAUUCCUAGUUAGUGUUCACAUUUCCUGCUAAAGAUUCCGGAGAAGCUGUAGCCAGUGGUAAACCAAACCACGGGAUUGUUGAAUUUCAAAAGCAGAGUCCUAUUGAAAUCCAAUCCUUCAAAACGUUUGUGCCGCUAAAAAAAACAAAAACAAAAAAAACACCUAGGGGCUUCCCUGGCGGCGCAGUGGUUGAGAAUCUGCCUGCUAAUUCAGGGGACACAGGUUCAAGCCCUGGUCUGGGAGGAUCCCACAUGCCGCAGAACAACUAGGCCUGUGAGCCACAACUACUGAGCCUGCGUGUCUGGAGCUUGUGCUCUGCAACAAGAGAGGCCGCGACAGUGAGAAGCUCUCACACUGCGAUGAAGAGUGGCCCCUGCUCGCCGCAACUAGAGAAAGCCCUCGCACAGAAACUAAGACCCAACACAGCCAAAAAUAAAUAAAUAAAUAAAUUGAUUAAAGUACCCUUAAUUUAAAGAAACAAAAAAACACCUAAUUUGGGACGUGGGUGUGUUUUGAUAGGUGCCUGGCACAGUGUCAAGAUGAGGGCAGGAAUAGAAGGGUGUUAAAACCUCAGCCCGGGUGUGAGGGUCUCUGGGUGUGUCAGGGAGGGCGGGGGCAGCGAGCAGAGCCCGCCUGGGCUGGAGCGGGCACAGCAGAUGGGAGGCCUGGGGGAGGAAGGAGAGGAGAAGCUGGUCCUCCACUCCCCCCGCAAAACCGCCCCCCACCCCCGUCAGUCCCUCUACCUGCCAGGCUCCAGUUUCUCUGCCAAACGCAGGAGUCAGGUUCAGCUUUUGUUCGGCUGCCCCGAGGGAAGAAAGCAAACACCCGUGACUGCAGUGGUCCGUCUCCACCUCCGUCUCCAUCUCUCCGGACCUUCCAUUUCCCAUUCUCAGCACACAACCUGCCCGGCGCGCCCUCUCCGCUCCUUUCUGCUUCUCUCAUGAUACAGCCUGCUCUGCCAGGUCCCAGCAGAGCGCCCUACUUGCUCUGAGCCUUCUCGCACCCUCUCUGGGCCUCAGUUUUUCCAUCCAUAAAAUGGGAGAGACUUCCCUGGUGGUCCAGUGGUUAAGACUCUGCGCUUCCAAUGCAGGGAGCACGGAUUUGGUCCCUUGUUAGGGGAACUAAGAUCCCACAUGACACGCGAUGCCGCAAAAAGAAAAGAAAAGAAAAAAGAUGGGAGUUAACUGGAGCCGGGAGCCUAGUCUUUGGAUUCCCAUCAACCUCCUGCCCUUAUUUCAGGUUUUAGAAAAAUCCUGCAUGGAAGAAGAGUGCGGAUUUGUAGAAAAUUUUAGAGAUUCGUAAACUCCCGGUGCCUCAACACUUUUUGGAAAAUCUGUCUGUCUGUCUGUCUCUCCCUCACUUUUAUUCCCAGAGUCACUGUUUCUUUUUCUUUUUUUUUUUCAGUUUGAACAAAGUAGUUUAUUGCUAUUAGAUCAACACAGGCACUAGGGGAUUGCUUGAAUUUUGUAGCUUGUAGUUUAUUAUUAGGAUGCCCUGAAAAGUACUCUUGAAAUGAACAAAUGUACAUAUAGAUAUAUAUUAGAUAUGUGACCUUAUUUUAAAUGAGUCACUAUUUCUUUAAUUCAUUCAACAAACAUUUAUUCAGCACCUACUGUGGGCUGGAGAUCAGGGCCGGCUUCACAGACACACACACAGACACACACACACACACAUACCCUGCCACUCAGAAGGACCCCAUGUUUGGUUUCAUACUCAUUUCUCCCCAUCUUGAAAUUCUUCAUAAUUUUCCAACAAGGGGCCCUGCAUUUUCAUUUUGCACCGGGUCCUUCAAAAUCUAUACCCGGUACCUGCUGGGGAUCCAGCCGCAUUGACUAAGGGGGACAAAAAUUCCUGCCUGUGCAGAGGUGAGAUUCUGUGGAGAGAUCAAGAGGAAACAAUAUUUUCAGAAAGGUACACAGGAUGACGUCAGGUAGUGAUAAGAACGAUGAAGGAAAAAUAACCCCCCACUAAGGGGUCAGAGUGACAAGGGGUGAUCAGAGAAGGGCUCUCUGAAGAGGUGUCUUCCAGUGCAAAAGACAGUAAAGGAAUCAGCGUUGUGGGCAGUGGAGGAAGGAGGGCAUUCCGGGUGGAGGACACAGCAAGGGCAAAGGCCCAGAGGUGGGCAGAGCUGUCUGAGGACCAGAAAGGAGGCCACUGCAGCAGGAUGUCACGGACCAGGGGAAAGGUAGGGGGAGAUGAGCUCAGAGAGUUGACGAGGAGGAUUGUUUAGAGCAAAGCUAGGCACAUUUUUCCUGUAAAGGGCCAGAAAGUAAACUUUUUUUUUUUUUUUUGCCACGCCACACAGCUUGUGGGAUCUUAGUUUCCUGAGCAGGGAUUGAACCCCGGCCCUCGGCAGUGAAAGCAUGGAGUCCUAACCAUUGGACCACCGGGGAAUUCCCAUAGGCCAUUUGAAAAUGGAUGGGCAUAGCCCCAUCCCAAUAACACUUGUUUUAUGGACACUGGAAUGAGAAUUUCAUAUAAUUUUCAUGUGUCAGGAAGUAUUACUCUUCUUUUGAUUUUUUUUUUCCCUGACCACUUAUAAGUGUAAAAACCAUUCUUAGCUCUUGAGCUGGACCAAACCAGGUGGGGAUGGGGUGGGCUGGGACUUGCCACCCACCCCAGCCCUGGGGACCUCAGUUGGCAGUUGGACCGCUUGCCAUAGAACCUCCUGGGCUCUGUGAGCAGUUAGCAUUUGAUGCCGAGCAAAGUCGCUGGAGGCUUUUGAGCAGAAAAGAGAAAUGCUCUGAUGCAGGCUUUAGGAAGCUGUGGACCAGGGAGGGGAACAGAAGCAGGGAGGCCUGGGAGGAGGUGACCUCCAGAUAGAAUUGUGAUGGGGCUGGACCAUGGGUGAGAAGGGGUCCCUGGACGUAGUUUACAGCUGGCGGGGUUGGCUGCUGGAUUGGGUAUGGGGUGAGAGAGGAGUGAGAUGAUGCUAAGACUUGGCCUAAGCCCCUACCAGGACAGUGACGCCCUUGGCCCACUGCGGGGGGCUUCUGAGCUUGUCUAACAUCCAGAAGGACAGGCCGAGGGCAGUUGGAAAUCCGAGGCCUGAGCUGGGAGAUCCAUUUCAGUCUCCUCUCUGGACAAGCCUGAGAGGGUCACACCACCCCCCCUCGGUGUAAGAGGAGAGAGGAGCCCUUAACACCCUCCUUCCAACUCCCCAAUUGCUUAUCAGCAGAUUCUCCAUUUACCUGCCCCCACCUCUCCCUCCAUCUGCCUAAAGGUGUCUAAGAAUAAUCACGGACAACAGCAGUGAUCCUGCCUCCGGGUACGCUGGGUGAUACCUGGGACAUUUACGGUUUUCACAUGGUGUGUGUGUGGGGGGUGUUUCUGGACCAGGGGUGCCGCUCAACACCCCACAGAGUCCAGGAUGGCCCCACCCCAGGGAAUGACCAGGCCCCAAGUGUCAGCAGUGCCUCUGGGUGGAGGAACCCGGCUCUAUAGUGUUCCUUCCAUUAUCUAUCCCAUUGUUAAAGAAUUGAGGCCCAGAGAGGGAGAAUGGCUGGCCCCGGGUCACACAGCAACUAUACAAUGGCCAAGCUGGGUUCAAAGCCCCAGUGCCUGUCAGCAGUCACUGCUCUUAAAUUUGGGUUCCUGAAGGCCUGUCUCCUCACUCAUCCCUUCUCUCCCCUGUAAUCCCAAUCUUCUCCCUUCUCCUGGUCCCUUCUCGAAUUUGCAUCCACAACACAGUGGACUAUCCUGACUUUUGGAACCAUUUGUGGCUCUCCUGACACCCCACACUCCUGGUUUCCCCCGCCUUCCCAGGACCCCCUCCUCCAGCUCCUAUGCUAGCACCUCUCCUCCUCUGCCCCCACCCUUAAGUAUGCACACCCCUGCCCCACCCCACGCCCCAGGUCCUGGACCAGGGCAGAGGCUACCGCACUGGUCCAGGAGAGCAAUUUAUUUCAUGAUUUCUCCCAAACAUGAUCUUGUUCCUGCCACUCCCCAACUCCUGCCCAUUCUUCAAGUUUCAGCUCAGAUGUCCUUUCUUCCAGGAAGCCCUCCCUGACUCCCCAGAUGAUAUCAAGAGUCCUCUCUGAGCUCCCAGCUCACCUGGGCUUCCCUCAUAAUAGCCCUGAUCACCUUGGUUCAUAAAUCCAUGGAUGUGUCUGUCUCCCCAGGGACCUCAGUGAUAGCAGGGACAUCUGUCUUCGUCACCACUGAGUCCCAAUGCCCAGUGCAGUGCCAGGCACCCUGUAGCACAAGUGGACUGAAUGAAUGAAAUACACAUGGCUCAGAGGGCUUGGCUUUGUGAGUCACACAUUAACAGAGCAAACAUUCACCAACUGCCCACUCCACCCUGGGGUGCCCACCCCACCCUGGCCUCUGCCAGGGAGGCCUCAGUGGGACCCUGCUCUCAAGGGGCUUCCAGUCUGAGAAAAGCAGCAGAACACAGACCCUCCCAGCCCCUUGGAGUUAGAGCCAAAGGCUGUGUCCAUUCUGUCUUUCAGUGGUUUAACUGAGCACCUACUAUGUCCUGCGUCCCUAGGAUUCAGUAUUAGAUAUGCACACAGCCCAACCACAUCUUUCUUUGAAUCCGUGUUUAUGGCGCACUAUGUUCCAGGCCCCAUAUCUAGCAUCUCAUUUAGUCUUCCCAGUAACCCUCUGCAGUAGGUACUGUUUAAUAUGAAACCCAUUUCCCGGAUGAGGAAAGUGAAGUCCAAAGCAGAGAGGCGGAGACGAACGCAGGCGGGUCCAUGGAGAUCCUGGGAGCCUGGCCCUCUUUGCCUCAGCCUCCGGGUGGCAAGAAGGUCAGGUCGGGCCACCGCGGUGCCCCUCCCUCAGAGCCCAGCCCCCUUCCCUGGCACUCCCCCCGACCCGUAGGGGAGAGGCCGGGAGGGGGGCAGCAGGCGGGGCGCGCGGGGGAGGUUUGGCGCGGGGCUUGGCGGGACCGCGCGGGCCGGGCGGCCGAGCCCCGGCAUCGCGGGCCCUUCCCUCUGGUCACCUCCCGGAGCCCGGCGCCCUGGACACCAUGAAGCAGCUGUGCCUUUGCGCCGCCGCCUCCUUCGCGCUGCGGCUCAGCCCCACUGACCUUGGCUCCUGCCCACCCUGCGGCCCCUGCCCCAUCCCGAAGCCGGCAGCCAGAGGCAGGCGCCAGAGCCAGGACUGGGGCAAAAGUGACGAGCGGCUGCUGCAGGCCGUGGAGAACAAUGAUGCCGCACGGGUGGCCUCCCUCAUUGUCCGCAAGGGGCUGGUGCCCACGAAGCUGGACCCCGAGGGCAAGUCCGCAUUCCACCUGGCGGCCAUGAGGGGUGCAGCCAGCUGUCUAGAGGUGAUGCUGACACACGGCGCCAACGUUAUGAGCACGGAUGGGGCAGGUUACAGUGCCCUCCACCUGGCCGCCAAGUAUGGGCACCCUCAGUGCUUGAAGCAACUACUGCAGGCAUCCUGCGUGGUGGAUACUGUGGACAGUAGUGGGUGGACGGCCCUGCAUCACGCAGCGGCUGGCGGCUGCGUCUCCUGCUCAGAAAUGCUCUGCUCCUUCAAGGCACAUCUGAAUCCCCGAGAUCGGCUGGGUACAACACCCCUCAUCAUAGCAGCUCAGAUGUGUCACACAGAUCUGUGCCGCCUCCUCCUGCAGCAAGGGGCUGCUGCAAAUGACCAGGACCUUCAGGGCAGGACGGCCCUGAUGCUGGCCUGUGAGGGAGCCAGCCCCGAAACAGUGGAGGUGCUGCUGCAGGGUGGGGCCCAGCCGGGCAUCACUGAUGCGCUGGGCCAGGACGCUGCUCACUACGGCGCCCUGGCAGGGGACAAACUCAUCCUACACCUCCUGCAGGAGGCCGCCCAGCGCCCCUCAGCACCCAGCGAGGAUGACUCAGGCGAGGCAUCAUCUCAGAACUCUGUGUCCAGCCAUGAAAAGCAAGGGGCCCCCAAGAAGCGAAAGGCACCUCAGCCCCCUGCCAAUAUCCCGAUGCCGGAUGAUCAAGAUGCCUAUGAGGAGAUCGUGCGGCUGCGACAGGAGAGGGGCCGCCUGCUGCAGAAGAUCCGGGGCCUGGAGCAGAACCAGGAACGGAAGAAGCAGGAGCUGCCAGAGGCAGAGGCCAGCUCCCUCCACAGCCUGGAGAGACAGGUGCAAGAGCUACAGCAGCUGCUGGCAGAGAGGCAGGAGGAGAAGGAGAGUCUAGGACGGGAGGUGGAAAGUUUGCAGAGCAGGCUGUCCCUGCUGGAGAAUGAGAGGGAGAACACCAGCUAUGAUGUGGCCACCCUGCAGGACGAGGAGGGUGAGCUGCCCGACUUCCCAGGGGCUGAGGCGCUGCUCUCCAAGCACCUAAGCCCAUCGGCCCAGGAUCUCUUGGCCUCGCUGCAGGAGCAGGUGGCCACGCUCACCAGACAGAACCAGGAACUGAUGGAGAAGGUCCAGAUCCUGGAGCACUUCGAGAAGGACGAGAUGGAGGCUGACAGUCUGGCCGAGGUCAUCCCUCUGGCGCUGUACAACUCUCUCCGGGCUGAGUUUGACCAGCUCCGCAGGCAGCAUGCCAAGGCCCUGCAGGCGCUGGGGCAGCAGGAAGCACAGGAGGGCCCUGGAGAAGAGGAGGCAGCCCCUAGGGAGGGCAACGGCCCGGGAGCCAAGGCCGCCAGAAACGGACCAGUGGAAGCAGAGCUUAACGGCACUGCAGCUCCGGAAACCAGAGUUAAUGGAGCCGAGAGCACAGAGGAGGAGGCUGCGGGAGUAGAAACCACGGAAGCCAGAGCUUUGGAAGCAGCAUCCAAGGUGGCAGAGGCCACGGAAACAAGACCCACGGACGCUGAGGCCACAGAAACAGAGGGUGUGGGCGCCGAGCGCUUGGAAACAAAGGCCGCGGGGGCUGAGGUCACAAAAACGAAAACUCUAGAAGAAGGAGGAAACUCAGAAACAGAGGCCACGGGAGCAGAGUCCACAAAUAUGGAAACAGAGGAACCAGAAUGGAAGGCCAGUGGAACAGGUGCUGUGCAGGAAGAGCUCACAGGCACAGGGACCAUGAAAACGGAGGCCAUGGGAGUGGAGGCCACGACCCCGAGGGUCACCACAGGCCCCGCCUUGCACCCCAGUGCUGCCGAGCUGGAGGCGGCCCACGGCAAGUGUGAGCCCGCGGAGGCCGAGGGUGGUGGAGCUGGCGGGGUCAGCAGCGGUGACACAGGCCAGCUGCGGGCCGCCCUGGAGCAGGCCCGGGAGGACCUCCGAGACCGGGACUGCCGCCUCCGGGAGAUGGAAGCGGCCUCAGCCCAGCUGGACGAGGCCCAGGCCGGCCGGCUGUUGGCCGAGGAGGAGGCUCGAGGCCUGCGGGCAGAGCUGGCCCAGCGGGAGGAGUUGAGGCUGGAGCUGAGCCGGGAGGUGCAGGCCCUACGGGAGCAGCUGGCUACGGCCGCAGCCGCCGGGGAGCAGCAGCGGGCUGCGGCCGUCAAGCUGGGCCAGGCGCGGGACGUGGCUGAGGCCCGGGCUUCUGAGCUGGCCGCGGCCUGCGAGGAGGCUCGGCGGGGCCUGGCGGAAUUACGUGAGGCCUCCGAGGUGCUCCACCAGUCAGUGGUGCCAGCCUCGGAGCAUCACCGGCUGCAGGAGGAGGCCCUGGAGUUGCGGGGACGGGCGGCCAGCCUGGAGCAGGAGGUGGUGGCCACGGGCAAGGAGGCCGCCCGUCUGAGGGCAGAGCUGGAGCGCGAGCGUGUGGGCAGCGUGGCCCGCCUGGAGCACGAGCGCAUCGUGGAUGCCCUGCAGGCCGACGUGGCCCGGCUGCAGGGGCAGCUGGAGGAGCUGGGGCGACGCCACGAGAAGACCAGCGCCGAGGUCUUCCAGGUGCAGCGGGAGGCGCUAUUCAUGAAGAGUGAACGGCACGCGGCCGAGGCCCAGCUGGCCACCGCAGAGCAGCAGCUGCGGGGGCUACGUACUGAGGCCGAGCGGGCACGCCAGGCCCAGAGCCGUGCCCAGGAGGCCCUGGAGAGCGCCAAGGAGAAGGACAAGAAGAUCACAGAGCUCUCCAAAGAAGUCUUCAGUCUUAAGGAGGCACUGAAGGACCAGCCGGGAGCCCCAGGCUCCUCGGACGUGGAGGCCCUUCGUGGCCAGGUGAAGGCUCUACGAGAGCAGCUGGAGGAAGCUGCCAGGGACCACAGUGCCGUGGUGGCCUUGUAUAGGAGCCACCUCCUCUACGCCAUUCAGGGUCAGAUGGAUGAAGAUGUACAGCGGAUUCUGAGUCAGAUCCUGCAGAUGCAAAGACUCCAGGCCCAGGGCCGCUGAGGUCAGAGCACUGCCCUCCGCCUUCCAGGCCCCGAGUCGGGGCUCCCAGACUCACGCGCUGACCAUCCGCACUUGGAGACCAGCCUGGGCUCCUUCCCAACGAUCCCUCACUGCCUCCACGGCCCCACUGGUCCCUGCAUGCGCUGGUCAGUCUAGACCCGGGCCCUGACCGCGUACCCUUCCCUGCGCCGGAGAAUUUGUGAGUCCCCUCCCUCAUGUCUGGUCUUAUCAUCAAACGCCACCCCAGGAAUAAAAGCUCACGGAGCAGAGGAUGAAAGCAUCGUGUGGCCUGAUUGCUGGGCUCCCACUGCAAAGCGGGGAAGGGGCGGCCCAGAGCAGGGACUGGGGAUUAGGGUGAGGAGAGCAAGGCAGGACUCAGUCCCCGAGAGGAACACUGUUACUAUGUCACUGCAGUAUCUUUUUUCUUUCUUUUUUUGGCCACGCCACGCAGCAUCUUAGUUCCCAGACCAGGGGUUGAACCGUGCCUCCUGCCUUGGAUGCGCAAAGUCGUAACCACUGGACUGCCAGGGAAUUCCCCAGUUACUGCACUAUUUUUAAAAGUCAGAAGGGGUUCCCAAAAGUUCAUAAUGAACAAAAUAUGCAAAUGUCAAAUGAAGACGGAAUCUGAGGCUGCACGACUUACCUCACUGUCCUCACCCUAAACCCGGCCCUGGUGGGAGUGUCCCACACCCUCCCACAGCCUCUUUGCCUCUGGGCCAACCCCCUGAAAUCCCCUGGGGGUUCCUGGCUCUUUCCAGCUCCGUGUCCAGCCUGUUCCCCAGGUUUCCUCAGCGUCCAGCAGUGGCUCUGCCUGUCCCCGGGCGUCCCAGGCCCUUGGAGAAUGUCCACGGUUCGGGGCUACCUUCCCAGAGCCUGGGUUUCUGCCCCUCUGUGGCCUGGAGCGUGGAAUGUGGCUGGUGGGGGUGGGGGUCCCCAUCUCUGUGGUUGAUGAGUGAUGGGCAUCUUCUGUCGGCGCCAGCUGCUCUCUGUUCCUCCCCGCCCUGGCCUCUCUCUGUCUUUCUCCCUGUCAUCAUGGCCCUCCCUGGCGUGCCCCCUCCUUGCUGCAGCCGGAAGGAAGGCUCUUCUGGGAAAGGCCACAGGGUUACCACUUCUCCCUUUCGUGGCCUCCUCCUUCUGGCCCCCACCUUUGGGGCCUUCCGCACCCGAGACUGGGGGUGGCCGGGGAAGGGACUGGGGGCUCCUCCUCCGGAGCCCCAUGAACCA